CUCCUCUGAUCCUGCUGGCUUGAAUACAGUCAUCCCCUUGGUACAACCCUUUAGUCCCAAACAAUGAAGAUAAAGUUAGUUUGUAGAAAGAAGUACCCAUUUUGAAAGUGAUGUUUAAUUGAGUGACAAAGUGAUGAAUGAGAGAAAGAUUUGACUCUCAUGAGAAAAGAGGAAAGAGAAGCUAUUUGGGCAAUGUAGAGAGAAGGAGGCAGCUUUACUUGAACAGACUGAAGAGAGAACAAGUUAGACACAGGUGAAGACAGAACGAACAAACCAGAGAAUGAGAAGGAACCAGCAAGGUAGAACAGAUUACUAGAGUUCAUUUGAGGCAAAGCAAUUCAGGAGAGGUUGAAACAGAGGCCAGUUUGAAUCAGGACUUAGAGCCAGAAAAGGUGAGUUGAACCAGCCAGCAAGAGCUCAGAAAACAAUAGAAAGGGUGAGCUUAUUCAGUAGCAAGUCUCAGAGUCUUAAAACAUUCUAGGCCUAGAUUAGAUUGUACAGAGGCUAGAAGCUUCGCAGGUUAGCAGACAGAGGCAAUAAGCCUCCAAGACAAUUCCAUCAAAUGAAUAAAAGUUGCAUUAACACUCCAGUGCCACCAUCAGUCACCUUUUGAUGUUUUGGCCUGAACUGGACAGAACCUCCAGCAGGGCAGCCUAGAGUCUGGCUUAUGUUGACCCCAGCCUACAUUUGGUUUUUUAUUAGCAUGCUAGAGAUUUGAGCACAGGCCCUCGUACUGAAAGACCCUCAGAGAGAAUCUUCCUUCGGGAAGGAGAUCCCCAAGCCCAAUGACCAGGCCGAGUCCACUCGGAUGCAAUCAGCAAGAGGGUUUAUUGGAAAACACAGGUACCUGCGGGCACACAGUCUCUUCGGAGGACUUGCACGCCCAGCAGCUCCAGCAUGGGGCUUUUAUAGGGUUUGGGGAAGCAGAAGCGGGCGUACAGAAGCAGAUGCAUGGUUACAGGGACUUGAUUGGUGGAUUCAAAUGAGGCGCGGAUGCAGGGUCACGCAGCAAAAGAGUCCGGAAUGUCAGGGGCUUAUCCCUUCCUGCCAGAUGGCCUGUGAGUCAGUUCCGAUACCUCCGGCUGGUUCUGCAUUCCUUCUUCCUUAUCUUUGUGGUCUGUCCGUUUUUAAAGAUUUAUUUAUUUAUUAUAUACACUGUAGCUGUCCUCAGACACACCAGAAGAGGGCAUCAGACCCCAUUACAGAUGGUUGUGAGCCACCAUGUGGUUGCUGGGAUUUGAACUCAGGACCUCUGGAAGAGCAGUCAGUGCUCUUAACCACUGAGCCAUCUCUCCAGCCCAUGGUCUGUCAGUUUUAACGGCGGGGCAGGCCCCACAGGACCUGGGCAUGCCUGGACCUGCCCAAGCCUGUUUCAGUUCUGAGUCUGUGAAUUUUGAAACUUACUCUUUUAACUUCAUAUUUUUAAACCUUAAAUCUGUAUAAUUUUCUUUUCAGUACUUUUCAGAGAACUCUCUGAACAGUUCGCCAGUCCCUUGGCCAAAUGUGGCCAUCAAGGCAUGUACAGGAUUUUUGUGUUUAAGGUCCAAGGAAAGUUCAACAUGACUUAACAAUACUGACUACAGCUGGGGAGAGAAGGCGGUCAUUGGUAGCAUAUCAUCUAAGCUCCGCCCCACAGUUACCUGGCAACAGCCAGGUGUGCCCACUCACUAUAAAAGGGGCUGCUGGCCCCCUCCUCUCUCCCUUGCUCUUGCCUUCUUGCUCCCUCUCUGUCCUCUUGCCCCUUCCCCCCUUUCUCCCCAUUACCUCCCCACCUCUCUACAUGCUCAUGGCCAGCUUCUACUCCUCUACUUCUCUUCUCUCUCUUUCCUCUCCUCUUCUCCCCUUCCCUUCCCUCCCCCCUCUCUCUGCCUCUACUACCCUUUAAUUCCCCUCCCCAUGCCCUGAAUAAACUCUAUUCUUUACUAUGCCAUCGUGUGGCUGGUUCCUCAGGAGGAAGGGAUGCCUCAGCAUGGACCGACGGAGGUACAUUUCACCCACACCUGACUACAACCAUCAAAAUAUAUCCCCUCUCUAUCUUUUUAUAAACACAUCAGUCACUCCACAGAGGUGCUCCUUUGUGGACCCUAAACUCAGUAUUCCGCAGCACAUUUUCUGAAGUGAAUGGGACCCCAGGCAACCUGAGAGAUGGCCUUUGUACUAUGCUCUGGUCCUUAGGAAGGCCAGUCGUGAGCAGUGGCAGAUAGGCUCAGUCUCCAUCUGUGCACUGUGAUGUACGGCACAGGAGCACAUGCACACACAAGUAAUCAUUAAAAUGUAAAACAUCCCACCCGGUGCCAGCUCCUUUGUGUGUCUGCUGUUUCUUCAUCCCAUGUCACUACAUCUGGGUCAACCCCAAAGUCAUGCAGGUUGCAGCAACAGGUGAGUGGAAGAGCAAAAAGUGGUACACACACAGGACACAGCAUCAUCCCUCUUCAGAAAGGAGAACAUUCUGUGGAUGUGGUAGUCAGGAAGGCGAGCAGGUGCUAGUGUGGCCCGGCCUUUAAUCCCGGCAGAGGCCAGUCAGGGCAGUAGACUGAGAGCUGGCUCAGAAGAGUUCUUACUGUUCUCUCAGAGGACACAAGGUUUCUACUGCUGUGAAAAGACAUCAUGACCAUGGUGACCUUUAUGAAGGAAAACAUUUUACUUGGGGCUGGUACACCGUUCACAGGAGCUGGUUCACAGGAGUUUAGUCCAUCAUCGUCCAUGACGGGAAGGAUGGUGGCACUCAGGCAGAAGUAGCUGAGGAUUCCACAUCUGAAUCAGCAGGCAGCAGAAAAAGGACUGUAUGCCAGUAAGCCUAGUUUAAGCUUUUGAGAUCUCAGAGCACACCCCGCCCCAUGGUGCACUUCCUCUGUAAACCACUGCCUAUGGGGCUCAUUCUGAUUCAAACCACUAGCAACAAGGUUCAACGACCAGCACCACAAACCUUAGAGUCACCAUAACUCCAGUACUUGGGGUCCAGUAUCACUUUUGUUUUUUAAGGUUUAAAUAGUUCUUUAGAGACAUGAUUUCUGUGUAGCCCUGGCUGUCUUAGAACUCUGUAGACCAAACUGGCCUUGAACUCAAAGAUACACCUGCAUCCGCCCGAGUGCUAGGACUAAAGCCCCACCCCGACCCUGCCCAGUUAAAAUGUAUAUGUUUGUGUGUCUGUGUGUUGGUGUGUGCAUACGAAAGCAUGGGAAAAGUCAGAGGUGUCAAAUCCCUGGAAUCACGGGAGGUUAGCAUCUUUUGUAAAACUGCUCAGGACUGAGACAAGCUUGUUUUACAUUUCUAAUGCUCAGAAGUCACAUGAGAGUGAAGAAAGAGGUGCUCAGUGGCUGAAAGCACAUACUGCUCUUGCAGAGAACCUAGUUAUUAGCUCACAACCACAGUAAAUUCAGCUCCAGGGAAUCCUAGCUUGUUUACUAAUUCACAUGGCAUUCCCUGAAUUUCUCAAGGGCUACAUUCUUCAGGAAGUACAAUAUUCUCCAUCUUCCGGGCCUCAACCCUGUAACAGAGUACAUUUAACCUAAGAUGAAGCAGAGUUGCUGGUAGCUAAGGAAGACGGGGGCCAUGGACCAUAAUUUAUGACAGAAGAGUGGAAACAGCCAGGUCAGAGUUCGGGAUGCUGGCAGCCAGGACUGGAAACUAGCAAGUUGGCCAGAUGAAAACGUCCGACUGGCACCUCAUCAAGCAGGGUCGGGGGAGGCCCCAUGUCAGGGCUCCCGCCUCAGAGGUAGAAAACAUGCGCACUGAGCGCGGAGGCGAGGUGAACAAGCGGAAUGUAAUGGUCGGCGAGCAAAGAUGAGGAAUGGCUUUUCCGGUCCUGCCGUCCAGUUCUUGCGGGACAUGAUUGGUUGUUCAGGGUCUGGAUAGGCUACAGAAACUCUGCUUCAAAAAAUGAAAGAAGGCCAGAUAUCAAGCCACAAUUUUAAAAAGAGGCUCUCUAGGGACGAAAACGACUUAUCUUUGAAUAAACUGCGGCUUGAAAUAAAACUCCGCCCCAUGCGUAGCAGGGCGGACCUCGGAGGGGGAAAAAAAAAAACCCACGCAGGCACUUCCGCCCCUUUCUAAGAUGGCGCAGGCGGAAGGGGCCUGUCACCGUCCGCUGGCGACGUCGCGGCUGGAGUUGAACCUGGUGCGGCUGCUUUGUCGCUGUGAGUCGAUGGCGGCCGAAAAACGAGAACCGGACGAGUGGCGUCUGGAGAAGUAUGUGGGUGCCCUGGAAGACAUGCUGCAGGCCCUGAAAGUCCAAGCAAGUAAACCGGCCUCGGAAGUGAUCAGUGAGUACUCCCGCAAAGUGGACUUUCUGAAGGGCAUGCUGCAGGCUGAGAAGUUGACCUCCUCCUCUGAAAAGGCUCUAGCUAACCAGUUCCUGGCUCCUGGCCGCGUGCCCACCACAGCCAAGGAGCGGGUGCCUGCCACCAAGACUGUACAUUUGCAGUCUAGAGCACGUUACACCAGUGAGAUGCGGAGUGAGCUGUUGGGCACGGAGUCCUCUGGAGAGCUGGAGGCAGACAUGAGGAAGCGAGUCAGUGUGAAGGGGCCUAGACCUGCAGAUGAGAAGCAGUCAGCGUCCGAGCUAGACCUCGUCCUCCAGAGGCACCAGGGCCUCCAGGAAAAGCUGGCUGAGGAGAUGCUAGGCUUGGCCCGCAGCCUGAAGACCAACACACUGGCUGCCCAGAGUGUCAUCAAGAAGGACAACCAGACCCUGUCACAUUCGCUCAAGAUGGCAGACCAGAACCUGGAGAAGCUGAAGCUGGAGUCAGAGCGGCUGGAGCAGCACGCACAGAAGUCGGUGAACUGGCUGCUGUGGGCCAUGCUCAUCGUCGUGUGCUUCGUGUUCAUCAGCAUGAUCCUGUUCAUACGCAUCAUGCCCAGACUGAAAUAAAACAACACCCGCCCGCCAA